AUGGAUGGUUCCAUCCACUUCGGAGCCGUUUCGGCGGCUUCACUAAGCCCGACCAGCCCCGUGAGCGUCCGCAGCCACGCCGGGGCCAAUGGAGCGGCCAAGAGAAAGAGGAGCGCCGCCGGCACGAUCGACAGCAGCCCUGGCAGCGUGCUCCAUGAUCAUGACGACGAUACGCUCGAUCAGCAUGAGAAAAAGCGGCAGCCUGGCGUCAAGAGAGCUUGUAACGAGUGUCGACAACAAAAGCUUCGUUGCGAUGUCCAACAAGACCCAUUCCAGAGCUGCUCGAGAUGCAACCGUCUCAAGCUCGAGUGCAAAAUUGAGUCAAAUUUUAAGCGCGUAGGAAAACGCUCGAAGCACGCAGAGAUGGAGAGGGAGAUAGAAAAACUUCGGCUCAAUGUGCAACGAGCCAAGGCCCAGGGCUUCAUGGUGGAAGACGACGACGAUAUGCAGUCGCAAAUCCAGUCACCCAUCGUCAACAGCGUCUACAGCCACACCAGGAAUCCCUCGCUGAUGGGUUCCGAUGAGGCAGUCACGUCCCUCCUUACGCUGAAGCGCGGAGGCUCUUAUAACCUCCCUCGUUUCUGCCGCGAGCUCGAGGGAGUACGCAUCACUGACGACGCGGAAAAGGCGCUCUUUGCCGAGUAUUUCCUUCAUUAUCACCCCUUCCUUCCUUUCCUCAAUCCAAUCCAGUCUCCGGAGCAGUACUAUCAGCAACACAGCCUGCUUUAUUGGACCAUUAUCUCCGUUGCCGCACGACGCUACGCUGCGGACCCAACCCUGCUGGAAUCCCUCUCCCAGCCAUUGUCAAGACUGCUGUGGUCGACAAUCGGGGAAGUUCCAGGGACGCAUUUUGUCGUAAAGGCACUGUGUCUCCUUUGCACGUGGCCCUUGCCCACGAGUACGAGCACGUCCGAUCCCACACAUAUUCUGUGCGGAGUGCUCAUGAAGGUCGCAACUGGUAUCGGGCUUCAUCGUCCGAGCCACAUCAAUGAUUUUACGCGCAUCGCAGUCGAGCUUAAUAAGGACCAGCUUCAUGACCGGGUGGUAACGUGGGCUGUGUGCAAUAUUGUGGGCCAGAGCAUCGGGACGGGCUACGGUCAGCCUGCGUCCACGCUGUACGAUUGGACCUUGGCGGUUCGUCCGGGAGAGUCCGGGCCUUUCCAACUGAGUGAAGAGCUCGAGGCGAGACUCGAGAUUGAGAGGUUUUGCGACAAGAUCUCCAAGGAGAUGUACAGCAAUGCGAGCGACUCCCGUGGUGUCGCUGGAGACGAGCAUCGAGCUAUCCUGAUGCGCGUGUUCAGGCGAGAAUACAGCGAACUUCACGCCGCGAUACUAUCGCGGAACAACGUCUCGCCUAUUGCCAAGCUACACCUUAAGGCGGCAGGGCUGCAUUUGAGGCUGGCCGGAUUCUUCGACUCGAGUACGACUCCUGGUUACAUGGACGAUUUACUGGGACUGUGGCGUACAACUGUAGCGUUCCUCGAUGAUGUCAUCGAGGCCGACAAGAACUCGGCUCUCGAGCGCCCUGGCGGCGGGAUCCUCAAGUAUGUCACGAACUACCUCCAACAAAUGCUUGUGGCGGCAGGCUUUGCCCUGCUGAAGCUGAUGCGCUCCUUUUUCUCGAGGUCAAUUGACUUCGAAAGGGGCCGUCGCCUGUUCCACGAAACCAUACAAGCCAUUAGAGCCACCAGCGUCGUCAACAAUGACAUGAAUUGGAGAUUGGCCGAGCUGAUGGUGCAGAUGUGGAAUGGCGCCCGGUUGGACUCUGGAACCCAGGCUUACCACGACGACGACCCUGCUGCUAAGAUUGACGACUCUCUGCAGCUGAAAGUAAGGUCUCUGAAACAUCCAACAAAUCCAGAUUCCGCUAAUGAAUCCUCAGCAUCAUCCACACAUCUAGACAGCACGCUGAUGCCACCUACACAUGGCUUACCUGCAAGUCUACUGUCAGCAUCAAGUGGUGCCAUGACGCCCAAUGGUGGCUCUGGCCUGGCAGGCCCCCAGAACUCGCUCUUCCAGGGACUGAACGAAUUUGGCAACCCUGGAAACUAUGACUUCUUCGAUCCACAGCAUUGGAUGCUGGACAACCUGCUUGAUUUUAACUACAACAUGAUUCCACCCCUAGAGGGCGCGUAG